UGACCCCGGGGGCCGGGGGCCGAAGGAGAGAGUACAGAGGGUCAGGGCAAUAAGAGAGGGAAAUCAUAACUCACCGAUGAGAUCAGGAUGAGGGGCCAAAGGCCAAGGAGGCUGCUGCCAGAGUGAGCUGCGAAGGGAACAAAAGAGGAGAGCGUUGUGGGGAGGCCUGGGUCACUGCGUGACCCCCAGAAUGGAGCCUUUGGAGGUGGCGCCCAAGGGGGAGGUGGCCAAAGAGGGGGACGCCAAAGCCGAGUCCUCGAAGGAGCGGAGAGGGAAGACUGGGACCACCGGGAGUCGCAGCCCUCACAGCCAACGUGAUGGAGGACCCCUGGGUUCCCAGGAGAGCUCCACCCUCCCGGCAGCGCGACCCUCGUCCUCGGGAGCCUCCCGCCGGGCCUCCAGCAUGGACCUGCGGACCACCACCAAAACCCUGGUGAAGCUGUGCGAAGACAACGCCGCCUUCUUCGCCACCCAGGGCCCCGGCGAGACGGCCCGGAGACUGGCACAGGUGUUCGCCGGGGUACGCGAGCAGGCCCAGGGGCUGCAGCCGACCCUGUUCCACCUGAUGACCAUGGCCCACCGCUUCGACCUGGACCCGCAGACCCAGGCCAACGGCUACCGCAGCCUGGUGCACACGGCCCACCGCUGCCUGGCCCACCUGCUGCACAAGGCCCGCUACGUGGCCACCAGCUGCCGCAGCAUCUUCUUCCGGGCGGGCCACAACCUGGCGGAACUGGAGGCCUACCUGGCGGCCCUCACCCAGCUGCGGGCCCUGGCUUACUUUGCCCAGCAGCUCCUGGGCGCCAACGAGCCCGGCUGCCUCUUCUUCGAGGGCGACGGCGGGCUGAACGCCGACUUCCUGCGGGAGUACGCCACCCUGCACAAGGGCUGCUUCUACGGGCGCUGCCUCGGUUUCCAGUUCACUCCCGCCAUCCGGCCCUUCCUGCAGACCAUCUCCAUCGGGCUGGUGUCCUUCGGGGAGCACUACAAGCGCAAUGAGUCUGGCAUCGGCGUGGCGGCCAGUUCCCUGUUCACCAGCGGCCGCUUUGCCCUUGACCCCGAACUGCGGGGGGCCGAGUUUGAGCGCAUCACCCAGAAACUGGACGUGCACUUCUGGAAGGCCUUCUGGAACGUGACCGAGAUGGAGGUGCUGUCGUCUCUGGCGAACAUGACUUCGGCCACGGUGCGGGUGAGCCGGGCACUCAGCCUGCCCCCCGACGCUUUUGAGAUGCCCCUGGCCGCCGACCCGCAGCGGAGUGUCACCAUCACGCCCCCCGUGGCCCACAGCGGCCCCGGCCCGGUCCUCGUGCGCCUCAUCUCCUACGACCUGCGUGAGGGACAGGACAGCAAGGAGCUGACCAGCCUGGGGCGGAGCGAGGGAACCCGGAGCCUGGAGCUGCGGCCCCGCGCCUGCCCCGCUCCCCGCUCUCGCUCGCUGGUGGUACACAUCCACGGGGGCGGUUUUGUCGCCCAGACCUCCAAGUCCCACGAGCCGUACCUCAAGGGCUGGGCCCAGGAGCUGGGCGCCCCCAUCCUCUCCAUCGACUACUCGCUGGCACCGGAGGCCCCCUUCCCCCGGGCCCUGGAGGAGUGCUUCUUCGCCUACUGCUGGGCCCUCAAGCACUGCCACAUCCUCGGCUCCACAGGGGAGAGGGUGUGCCUGGCGGGAGACAGCGCCGGGGGGAACCUGUGCUUCACCGUCUGCCUGCGGGCGGCCGCCUACGGCGUGCGUCUGCCCGACGGUAUCAUGGCCGCCUACCCCGCCACCCUGCUGCAGGCCUCGGCCUCGCCCUCCCGCCUGCUCAGCCUCAUGGACCCCCUGCUGCCCCUCAGCGUCCUGUCCAAGUGCCUCGGCGCCUAUGCCGGUGCGGAGCCCGAGGAGGAAUCGGACCCGGGGCAAGAGGCGCUGGGGAUGAUGGGACUGGUCAAGAGGGACACGGCCCAGCUCUUCCGGGACCUGCAGCUCGGGGCCUCGGCCUGGCUCCAGACCUUCCUGGAGCUGGGGGGCCGGGCUGGGAAGCAGGGCGCCCCUGCCACAGCUGACUCCAUGCGCCGCAGCGUGUCGGAAGCGGCCCUGCGGGAACCGCACGCGUCGGCCUCCCGGGAGUCGCACAAGAGCCUGACGUGCCAGGACCUGAGCUCGAUCGGCAGCGCCGACCCCGGCGCCGGCGGCCCGCCCGCCCCGCCCCGGCAGGACGUCAGCUUCUUCCUGAACCAGCCCCCCGAGCCCCCCGCCGCCCCGGCGGCCGAAGAGCCCUUGGAGCCCGAGGCCCCGGGCCCGGGGCUGACCUUCCCCCCGGGCUUCGAGCCGCGGCGCUCGGACCAGGGCGAGGCCCGGCUGGCCCUGCAGACGUCCCCCAUCGUCAAGAACCCCUUCAUGUCCCCGCUGCUGGCGCCCGACAGCAUGCUGAGGGGGCUGCCGCCCGUCCACAUCGUGGCCUGCGCGCUGGACCCGUUGCUGGACGACUCGGUGAUGUUCGCGCGGCGGCUGCGGGCGGUGGGCCGCCCGGUGACGCUGCAGGUGGUGGAGGACCUGCCCCACGGCUUCCUCAGCCUGGCCGCCCUGUGCCGCGAGACCCGCCAGGCCGCCGCGCUCUGCGUCGACCGCAUCCGCCACAUCCUCGCCGUCCCCGACGUCCCGCUCAAGCACCGCAAGCUGGAGCGCGGCCGCCCCGACGCCCGUCCCGCCCAGAGCUCCGGGUCCUCGGUUAUGCCCCAACCGGCCUCCGCCAAGCCCCACACUCCACCCGGUUGAGCCCCCGUCCCCCCAAGGCCCUGGGGAGGGGGAGCCGCCAAGCACUGAACUAAAGGCUUCUGGUUCUUA